AUGUUGAUUGGACAGAGCAACAAGACCAGAAAGCUUCUCCUCAAAAUUCUCUGCUUCUCUUCUCAAAAUUCAAUCUUUUCUCACUCCAUAGCUUGUUCAUAUAUCCAGAGGCAGAGCUAUGUUAAUGUGUACAUGAAAUGGAAGCAAGAUUUCUACUUGGAUUCAAUUGAGUCCGUUCACAAAUCCAUUGAACUGCAGCCCAUAAUCGCCCUCAAGAACUACAUAGUUUCUGCUUCACCUGAAGAGUAUUCCAUCCCCAUUUCUGACGUUUCCAAGAAGGGCUUACGCUUUGGGGUGCGCAUUAAGGUUGCCAGGUUCUUGAGGCAAUACCCUUCUGUUUUCGAGGAGUUUACUGGCCCCAAGCACAAUCUUCCAUGGUUCAGGCUGACCCAGAGAGCCAUUGAGCUUGAUAAGGAGGAGAGAGAGGUUUACAAAGCGUUUAAGGAUGACCUUCUGUUAAGGUUGAAGAAGUUGGUUUUGAUGAGUUGUGUUGGUUUUGGUGAUAAAAAGGUCCUGCCUUUGAAGAUCAUUCAGGGUAUGCAGUGGUAUUUGGGAUUUCCUGAUGAUUUCUUGAUAGACCCUGAAAAUAAUCUUCCCAAAUCUUUUGAAAUUGUUGAAAUGGGGGAUGGUCUUAAAGGACUGGCUCUUAACAAUGAAGGGAAUGAAAAGGUGCUGUCUGUGAUGCAGAGGAAUGCACUGAAAAGAGGAGUGUAUGAUGGUGGGGAGAAUGAAACCAUUGCAUUUCCCACAUUUCCAUCAAAGGGAUUGAGGUUGAGGAGAAAGAUUAUAGAUUGGUAUGAUGAGUUUCAGAAGCUUCCUUAUGUUUCACCUUAUGAAAACUGUUCAGCUAUAAGGCCUGAUAGCGAAACGGCAGAGAAACGGGUGGUGGGCUUGCUUCAUGAGUUGCUUAGCUUGUUUGUAGAGCAUGCUGCUGAAAGGAAAAAUCUUUUGUGUCUCAGGAAGUACUUGGGGUUGCCACAAAAGGUGCACAAGGCAUUUGAGAGGCACCCUCACAUUUUCUAUCUAUCUUUGAAGAACAAGACCUGCACUGCAAUAUUAAAGGAAGCUUAUUGUGACAAAGGUGCAAUUGAAGUGCAUCCUCUAGCAAAGGUGAGGAAAAAGUACAUCAAUUUGGUGAAGGAAUCGGCUUUUAUUUUGAAAAGUAGAAGGUUUAACAAUAGGCCACGCGAUCAGGGAAAUAUGAAUGUAAUGGACUUAGAUUGUACAGAAGAUGAGAAUGAGAAGACUGGAAUUGAAGCUGCUUAA